AUGAUGCUAGACUAGAAAAAUUUCUAUUCGGCUGUAAAAAUAGUAUCGAGCGUUGCAAAUUGAUCCUAGAGCGUUACUUCAGUGCUAGAUCAGCUCUACCCGAAUUCUUUGCCAGUCGUGAUCCUCUCGGUCUUGACAUCCAGGAUUGCUGCGACGCUGUGCAAUACUUUGUUUUACCAUCGUUAACUGACGAAGGCCAUCGUGUGACUGUUUUACGAUUAAAAGACAGAUCGAUCGAUAGAUUCUCCAUCCAAGUGAUCACGCGUCGUAUUCUAAUGGUAAUGGAUUCACGUUUAGUCGAGGAGUCAUGCCUCUCCAACGUUAUGAUCUUGGAUCUCCAGGGAUGGACUGCUGCUCAUUUUGCAAAGUGUUGCCCGACACAAUCGCUUGUAAGAAAGGCAAUGCUUGCGGCGCAAGAUAGCAUGCCACUCAGAUUACACAGAGUUUAUUAUCUUCAUGCACCCGCGUUCAUUGGGAAUGUCCUGAAUAUUUUUUAUCCACUGCUUAAGGAAAAACUCAUACAAAAGGUAAAGAGAUUACCCUAGACCAUUUGUACUGUUGGGCGACUGUCGUGAAUUGAAAGUCGAAUGUUCAUGGGAGCAAUGGUUAGUUUAUAAAUUUAUCACAUAUGACAGAAUUUCUCCAUAAGGAUGAAGGGCAGUUCUGAUUAUUUCGUCUCCAAUUUCUGGGCACUCAUUCAU